AUGUUCCUAAUUAGAUAGGAUUUAUAUGCUAUCAAAUUUGAGAAGGAACUUUUACAACUUUAUAAAGACAUAUUGCUAAUGAUUGAAUUCCCAAUCAAUCUGAAUAAUGAAAUAGAAGUUAAUUAAAAUGUUUCAUUAUAUUUAGAAAGUUUGAAGACUUUUAUUGCUGAUAUAUGCAUAAUCUUAAGUGAAAAGGAUUUCUACAAAAUGGCAGAAUAAUUUAAAUAGAUCAUAUAUAAAAAUAGAUAGAAAAUGAUAUAAUGUUUAAACAAUAUUGUUUAAGAAAAUACCGAAUUUGAAAUUUAUUUGAGAAUAAAGUCAAAAGAUAAACCACAUAAUGAAGUAUUCAAUUAACUACUUCAAUUUAAAUUUCAAUUACAUGAAUCUGAUAUUGAAAUUUUAGAAAAAUUAAAAAUGUAUUAAUACAAUGAAGAUGUUAUAAAGAAAACUUUGUACAUGAUUAUUUUGGAUAUAAAUUAAUAGUUUAAGUAGUUUGACUUAUAUCUUCCAUAAAGUUUAGCAUAUGUUAAGAGAAUAAUCCCUCAACAAUAAAAUGCCAAUUUAGAUAAACCUUAUGUUUUUGUGUUAGGUAUGACAAAAGUGGGGAAAAGUACAUUACUCAACAUAUUAAAUAAUCCAGAGAAUAUUAUUAUUACUUAGGAUAAGAAGUUCGAUGUAAAAUAAAAGAAUAAUAAAAUUCUGUUGUCUCAUAAAAAUAGUAGUUCAACAUUUUAGACAGAAAAUUUGGAGAUUGGUAAUUUUUUAUUUGUUGAUACUCCUGGGAUACGUGAUACUUAUGAUAUUAAUCGAGGUAUUAAUCAUUUCAAUAUCUUUAAUUCAAUAACUAGAGUAAGUUAACAAAUUUUAUUGUUGAUGAUUGAUGGAGAACAGCUUUAGACAACGAAAAACGAUUUAAUCGAUUCAAUAACUCUAAUUAAUAAUAUGCUAGGAGAUUAAAAUGACGAUAAAUAUCUUGAAAAUUUUAUCAUUCCUGUAUUCACUAAAAUUAGAAAUGCUUCUACUAUGGAAUAAAUAAUUAGAAAAUGGUAAACAGAGACCAUGAAAGAUAUUACAGAUCAAAAGUAAUUAAACAUUUUGAAAAUCAUUAAAAAUGCAAUAGAUCAAGAAAAUUAUAUCAAAAUUUAUUCGGCAGAACGCUAUGAAAUCCAUGAAAAAGUGUAGUAGCUGAAAUUAGAAAUUAAAUCAUUAAAAGAUUAAAUCUGUGAAUUUGAUAUAGAAAGAGUGGAUGAAUUCAUGGCAUUAUAGGCAUGUUUAAAAACAAAAAUUUAGGAAUAAAAAUUAGUAGAUUGUGAGGGAUUAUUCUAACAAAAAAUAAAAUAAAUUAAAGAGGAUGUUUUAAGGAAAUGUGAAAAUAUAUUAAAAAUGAAGGAAAAAACAUAGCUAGAAAAUUCAGAUAUUAAUUAAUCUUUGAAUUUUGAACUCUAAUUAACUCCUGAAUUGAAGCAUCAUAUAGAAAAGUUAUUACCUCAUCGAAAUAAUUUUUAUUAACAUCUUUCAAAUCUUAUAACAAAUAAUUUUAUUGCUAAGAUGCUUUUUGAUGGUUCCAUAAGUAUAAACGAAAAAUUUCUCAUUUUAUACAAGAUAAAAAAUAAAAAAAUGAACACAUUUUCUGAUAUAUCAUAAUACCUAAUUAAUCAAUAGAUAUAAGAUUAGAUUAAUGAACUUAAUCAUGUUAAUAACAUUAUAUCUAAAUUUGACGAUUAAAAUUAGGAUCCUUAAAAGGUUAACUUUGAAAAUUUUUAAUUUCAAUUAAAAAUCCUUCUUAACCUUUUUAGAGAAUAAACUUCUACUCUUAUUAACGGAAUAGCCUUAUGUAAUGAAAAAUUUGACUUACCUUUUACAUUUCAAAAAAAAUUAAAUAUGUUAUAUAAUGCUAUUAUAAUAUCUAAAGUGUGUGAAAAAAUUUUUAUUAAUAGCGUUUUAGUGACAUAAAAAGAAAUUUAAAAAUAAGCGACAAUUAAUUUAUUAAAGGUUCAGCAAAACUAUAUAUCAUUUUUAGAGAAAACAAGAAAGUGA